AUGUCCCCAACGUUUGGAUCAUUGAAGACAAGUAGUAAUGGUAAUACUGUAAAUAAUGGAGCCAAUAUUACAAACAUUUUACAGAAUACCGACAAUAUUACUAACAGGAACUAUACUCUAGUUUGUGUGGAACCUAUUAAUAAAAAUGUGAUUCAAUGCACAAAUCAGAUUGACAAUGACAAUUACAACAAUAAGGCGACAGAUAUAAUGGUAGAUUCUCUGAAUGAGGGCUACCAGAAAUUGGAAACGCGAGCAACACUACCUAAAGUUCAUCCCAAGGGAAAGAAGAAGUAUUCUACUUGGAAGGAUGUAUCUCCCAACAGUAGUAAUGAAAACAUAGUUGGGAGGAAAAUGAGUGACAGUUUUGGAAGUCCAAAAAGAUCGAGAUCAUGGGAUGUUUCACAAAGUAGCAGUGGUCAAACAGUUACAUGGAAGGAUUUAUCACCAAGUAAAGUUAAGGGACAAGUUCGUCAAAAGCCAGUGCGUAAGAAAAGGCCUGAGAGUGGAUAUUAUUCGAAUGAUGUUCAAAGUGAGGGUCAGGAUUCACGUGAAGAGUUUGAUUCGUUAUCAGGAAGCGACCAGAUGAAUAACGGACGCCAUUCAUCAAGCUCAUCUCCUGAUGAUGCUGGAUUCAGUGAAUAUUAUUAUGAUGAAGACUUUACUGUGAAAUUUGACACAAAUAUUAGGAACUCGUCAUUAAAGGCAAAAGAAGAGGAAGAAUAUGCCUUUCCACCAUCUUUAACCGGUAGUUAUAAAGGAUUUGGUAAUCUUCGUGAAUCUCUGUCUCAUCCAGAUCUUUAUUUUGGAAAUUAUGAAUCUGAACUGUCUGGUAGUCGUACAUCAAUGGAAGUAUCAUCCAGUGAACGUGAAAUGAUGUGUUCUAGUGACAUGUUAGAAUUCAGUAAUGAUCCUCUGUUCACACCUACCCCAACAGCUGAAAUAGGUGCACAGCUAUACUCCACAGACAGUUUAUCACAAAAUCAAUCGAAUUGCUGUAGUCGCACCUCAGGUGAUGGAAAGCUAACUGUUGAUUGCUGUCCUCGUAAAGAUGAAUAUUUCCUCUCCUUUAAUUCAUCUUCACAAGGUCAAUCAACAGCUUCAUUAAGCAGUAACUCCUAUGCAUCACAAACAUCCUCUCAAGAUGGACUCGCUACUUGCAGUCCAUCAUGCAGCUCAAAUGAAGGUGAAGAAAUUUGCUCCAAUAGUUUCCAUUUUUGUCAGGCUGGUCAGAAUGAUGGUUAUUCAAACAGUUGUAAUUUAAAAGUACCAUCUGGAAAGUCUGGACUUGAUACUCUGGAAGAAAGAUCAAUUGAAAAGUCAGCUUCAACUGAGGCUUCAAAGUCUUCAAAUGGAAAUGCCUCCCAAAGAUCACCAAAAUCAAGCCCCAAAUCUUCACCAAAAAAGAACUCUCCUAAAUCUUCUCCAACGAAAGAGGGUUCCAAAAUGACGCCUAGUAAGGGGACUUAUGGAUCAUUGGAUGGACAGCAAAAAUUCUGUGGUACAGAUAAACAACAGUCCAUGAAAAGGGUAAAAAAACUAACAUCAUGGAAGCAAGUAAAGAAUCUGAAGAAGUUUGGUAUUCUGUGUACCUCUUCAGACAAAGUUCACAGUAUGCCAGAUCUGUGUGUUCAGACUUCAUGGGGAACAGGAUGUAAACAAACACUGGAGCAAAGAGGAUUACAAGAGAUAGCAGAUAGUUUCCACAACAAGAGACACUCAUCAUCUCUAUUAGAAUUGUACCAGAGAAUGAAGAGUCCAAGUAGCAUGGUGAGUCUUGACACCAUCAGAGCUGUGGAACAGAUAUUAUUCCCAGAUAACAGCAUCAAUGAGAGAUUUCAAUCAGAAUAUAGUGGGAAUAGCAGUGAAUCGAGUUUUGAUGGAAGUGAGAAUAGCUGUGGCUGUCCUUAUCAAGAAGAUUCAAGAUGCAGUAGCAGGAACAGUGUGAAUUCUCCAAUACGAUACACAACACCAGUUAAUAUGUAUUCCAGAAGUACAGCUAUCUCCCAAGACAAGGUCACAUUAUGGCAUGGUACUAGAAACUUCUCUUCUCAGUUUCCUCCAAAGACACAAGAGUGUGGAAUCCAAGCAUGUAUGGAUGGAGAUCCAAUUCCUCUUAAUGAUCAAUCACAACAGACAUCACCAAGCUCACACAAUGAGAUCUUAAAUAUCUUAGAAGACAUUGGUGUAGAUCAUGAACCCAGGAAACCUGAAAAGGAAGCUCAUCAACGAAAAGCUGCAUCAGAAACCAGACAGAGAAGCAGAGAGCCAAAAUCAUCAAGACGGUCAUCAAGUUUGUCACCAUCAAGACACAGCCAGCAUAAAUUCUACUCUCAUAGAUCACUGCCAGACUUGAGUUUCUUAUCACCUGGACCUCGAAUAGAGCACUGUGAAAAUUCUCUCUUUGACCCAGUUAAAAUCCCAAUAAUUCUGACACCAGUUGUUGAUGAUAGUCAGCAGACUCAAUCAUGUCAGAAGGAAUCUGGAUAUUGCUCAUGUCAUAAAGAGAAGCGACGUUCAGGACGAUAUUUUGAAUCUGGAUCAAGCAGUGGCAUAAGUACCAACUCCACAUCUUCUUGUAUUGAUGGAGAUUGCUAUGAUUGUAGAUGCAGUCAAGGUAUGGCUAAAGAUCUGGAAAGGAUCCUUUUCCAACCACCUCAUCUAGAAUGUGCCCAGAAGUACAUACCACGAUCUGAUUCAUCUCACGGAACUCAUCAUCAUCACCAUCAUCAUGAUCGAACAGAUCAUUCUGGACAUGAUCAUCAUUCAUCCUUUGGCAAAAGAAAAUCAUCUCGCAAAAUGAACUUGAGUAAUUCUUCCAAUUCUUCAUCAUCUCUUCAUCUUGAUAAAUUAUAUUCAGUGAAAGAAGAAAGCCCAACAUCACCAGAGAAACAUUCACACACAGUAUUUGACCAAGGAGCCAAACUUCAUGGCCAUGUGUUUAGAGGAUAUCAUUUAUCAGGCAACAUGGAGAAACGCUACCAUAAUCGUGAAUAUUAUGAAAUUGAAGAUGAUGAAAACAGCUAUUCUAUUGAAGUUCAAGAAGACAUUAGCUGUGGAAGAAAACCAUUAAAAUCAUGCUUACGCAAAAUGGAUAAAGGUUGUCGAUCACGCUCACUUUCAAAUCCUGACAACCUGAAUGCUCAGCUUAAUGAUUCAUUGAAAAUGCCUAGAAAGCCUAAUCGCUACUCCAUUGCAUGUGAUAGUCUUUUCCCCCAAACUACUGAUAAGGAAACAGAUAUUGUGGAAGUGACUGAGGACCCUAAAGAGGAAGUGCCAUUUGCAGCUGUAAAUCCAGUUGCUGAAGAACCCGAAGAACAAGCUGGUUCCCAGAGCACCUCUUUGGAUGACGGUAGCAAAGCUAACAAGAGAGUUAGUUUUGCAUCUGAAGUCUUGUUCCAGUCACCACAGUGCAGUCCACAAGUUUCUCCUCAUCGCCUCCCUGAUUCUGCUAAAGUUACUAAUAUAGAAAUGGAAGAUGAAGAAUUACGCAUAGAAAUUAGUGAAACAGUUCCCCCAGAGAAACCUAAAAGAUUAUUUGCUGAAAACCCUCCCGUUGAGUUCCAAAUCAGUCCCACCCUUGAUGACAAGGUUCAACAAGGUUCUGAGGAAUUGAUGGAACUCAACAGGAAAAUAGCUUUGCUUUCCAACAUAACCCGUGCAGCUGAAACCCUAGUAUUACAUUUCGCCCAAGCCAGGGAUCCUUUCGAUAAGUUACGCCUAGGGAGCGUUGCUGAAACGCCAGAAGUUGGAACACUAGUUUUUAAGGAACUGUGUCCGGCCAUGGAACAGGUGAUAGAAGAUGGAAUGAAGCCACAUAGAACUGGUAUUCAUGUCUUUGGUAAAAUUCACAUCACUCCAUGGAGAAUAGCAGAAAUGUCAGCAGAAGUUGGUCCAUACACAAGAUCAAUCAAUACACUGGUAAAACAGUUGAAAACAAGGCCAAAUCUGCUGUCAAAUAAACAAAGGUUUUAUGCCUUUAUUGCUGGACUUCUCAAUUUAAGGUUACUGGAUUUCUGGGUUGGAUACAUUCAGAUGAAAGAUGAUUUAAAAGAACAAGUUUAUCACCCUGAAGCCAUUUUACGUUACAGUCAGACCAAGCUUGAUAAACAGUACAACAGUAUGAUUCUUGCCUUACAACCACUCUCAACUCUACCAUUUCAAUUAGAUUAUGAUCUUGUUGCUCAUACACCAGCUGCUGCAGCCAUGUUGGAUAAUUCAAGUGAUGGGAAAUCUGAAGAUAAAACUGUUUCUGAGAAGGUUGGGACCAAAUCGGCAGUACCAAAAAGUGUAUCGGAUAGUGAACAACUCAAAGGUUCUAGUAAGAAAAUCUUGGAUUCAUUUGGAAAUUCAUUGAUCCCAAAAGCUAAAUCAGUUACAUCAAUAACAAUGAAUAAGAUUCAAGAUGGACCCAAGAAGCUCAGUACUUUCACUGCUCGUAAACCAGUUGCUGGAAAGGCUCAAUCACAAGUACCUGUACCAAAAACACAGCCUAAAGUACAACCAACUCCAUCAAGGAUUCCUGUAGGCUCCUCUAAAAUACCACAACCUUCUAGAAUACCGACUAAACCUACCAGUACUCCUAAAGUCAGUCAGAUUCCAGUCAUGCAGAAAAGUACUGAUUCCAUUUCUAGCACUGACUCAAAAGGAAACAAGACAACCUGGGCUCAACAAUCACCAACUAGAAGCCCAACCAGGAUGCUGUUCAAUGGAGAGUUUGUGGAACCUAAAGAAGAAGUGAAGGAAGAAGUUGCCAGUAAUACACCAGUGGUAACAGGACUAACACAGAAAUUUAUGGAAAACAGAAGUCUGGAAAGUUCUGCGGGAAGUGUAGAAAAGGGAGAUGACUCAAGUUCAAGUUUAUCAAUGAAGGCUCUAUUGGAUUCUCCUACUAAAACAGUGACUGAUGGCAAUACGAAAAAGACAAUUGAUAUCACCUCUUUGAUUGAUAAGUUGCUUCUGUCAAAUAAAAACAUUCAGCAAGUGAAAAGUUCUGAACAGACAUUACCUAGAGCUGAAUCAGUGAGUGAUGAAGUCAGAUCUGCUGGAUUUGAUACUAAAAAUAUCAACAAAGAAAGUGAAAGUGUCAAUGAAAUCGAUGAUGCUGUGAUGGACAGUGAUGAACAAAUGAAAAGCGAAUCACAUCUGAAAGCUGGUUCAUCUGCUUCGUCGUUUGCUGUAAUUGAAGCCAGUCCUAUCAUGCGUGUACAGCUUCCAAAACCUCAACCAGUCAAAGGUUGUGCACAGAGCGAAAUGGCUAUGAAAAGGGAUGAUUUUAGACUCACUGAAUUCAGAUAUGGUAAAGUAUUAGAAACAUAUGAUAGUGAGGAUAGUGAUUAUUUAUCGUAUGAAAAAGGAGACUAUCUAGAAGUGCUAGCUCAACUGGAUUCUACCUUGUUAUAUUGUGCUAAAGGUUCUCAAGAAGGACUUGUACAACUUACAGCUAUUAGACCAGUCACUGAUGAAGAUGAAUUCAACAUAAUACAUAAUGACUUCUAUCAAUAAUACACUAAUUAACAUAUUAAAUUAGUGAGAUUCAGAAAGUGAUUUGUUUCCAAUUACAGAAACAUGUAAUUCAUGAUUAUUGUUAAAUUUGGUUAAUUUGUAUGGGUAACUUUGGCAUUUUAUUGAAGCUUAUUUGAAAGAUG